CUUCUGCCAGGACCCCAAGAACGACAGCUCCAACCUGUGCUUCUCCCCCUGCGACCUGCUGGACGACCCCGCAACAGACAAGCGCUGCGUCGGCUCCACGGGCAGCGCGGUGGACCCCGGGGACGGCGGCCCCAAACCCAAGGGCCGGUAGCAGC